AUGGAGCGUCUUUGCCCUGGAAUUGAGCUCUAUCAGCCCAUUGUCACAACCGUCAACCCCCAGGAAAAUCCUGAUGGAUCCCAGGCGCAACCCCAACUCAUCAUCCUGGCCACAUGGAUGGCUGCAAAGCCCGAGCACACUGCCAAGUACGUCUCCGGAUACCAGGCAAUCUACCCAACUGCUCGGAUCCUGGUCGUCCGCAGCACCAUCAAGGACAUGUUGUUCCGCACGUACCCCAAGCGGCGCAGCCGGCUGCAGUCGGCCAUCGAGGCCAUGGCCACCCCGGCCGAGUCCUCGACUUCGACGGAACCCCCACGGAUCCUCCUGCACGUCUUUUCCAACGGCGGAGCCUCGCAGACGCGGGUGCUGCUGCGCGCCCACCUGGACCUGACGGCCAAGGCACUCCCGCUGCACGCCACUGUUCUAGACUCCUGCCCCGGACGAGGCUCCGUCCGGCGCUCGUACGCGGCGCUGGCCUCGUCGCUGCCCGCCCACUUGCGCUGGCUGCUGUCGCCGGCCAUCGUGGUGGUGCUGGGCCUCUACUGGCUGUGUUUCCGCCCGUGGGGCGUCGCGGAUCCCAUCGAGCGGCUGCGCGUCGCCCUCAACUCGCCCGAGCUGGUGCGCGAGACGCAUCGUUGCUACGUCUAUAGCGACGCUGACCCCAUGGUUGCCUGGCAGGAUGUCGAGGCCCAUGCCCGCGACGCCGAGGCUGCAGGAUUCAGCACGCGCAGGGAGAAGUUUGCCGGGACGGGCCACUGCGCCCAUGCCAAGGGCGAGGGCGCCGCCCGCUACUGGCAUGUCGUGCAGGAGACGUGGGCGGGCGAGACGGGCGGCUUGGCUCGCAUGCAGGUCAGUUGA